GACGCGAGGGGUCACGUCAAAGCCGCGUAGACAAAGGGCGGGCGCGCGCACGUCCUUACGCACGCUGGGCCGCCGGCGGCGGGCGAGGGCGGGACGUACAGUGGCCACGGUGCUUGGGAGUCCCAGAGCUUCGCGGUCGCUUUGGCAACAUGCAAGAUACUUCUUGCCAGGAACCCAGGUCACCAAUGAGAAGGGGGCAUUAGGAGGAAGAAGAUCCAGAGGAAAUCAAUGCCAGCCGCGUCUGGAAUUACACUCACCGCAGGCAGCAUGAGACAUUCUGUGCCAGCAUCUGUGUCCUCCUGGCAGAGAUCAUAGCUCUCCAGGUAGGAGGGUCCUGGAAGCCACAUGCGCCAGGAGCCUCUCUAGAGGAAGAAUGGAGCGAGAUGUGAACUCUCUACAGUGAACAGUUUUUAGCUUAUGAAGGAAUUUGAAAUUGAAACAGUUAUUUAAUUUCUGAAUAUCCACGUCCAGUAGCCUUCUGUGUGAAGUGCCAGCCCUCCCCUCCUGGAGUUAUCAGGAUUUUUCUGGCACCAAGACAGUCUCUUCUUGGUACUUCUGGCAAUGACGGAUCUUCGGGACAGAUUUAUCUGCUGAAUGCUCUUGGGCAGGAAAAGGACUUCUGGAAGCAGUGUAGGGAGCAGAGCAGUGAUCCCUGCUUAACUGCUCUUUCACAGAAACUCAGCCUGGCCUUGAAUGCUUGAAUUGAAGACUGAUCCUGCCUUGUUCACCUCCAACGUGAGGCAUUUGGAGGCUGCCUCCUGUGCCUCUUUAUUUAUUUAUUUUUUAUUAUUAUUAUUUUUUUUAACUUUCAUUCUACUCCCAAGUUUUCUCCUCAGGCCAUCCAAUAAUGGAGUUUACCAUCCUCCAGGGCCUUGCUUUUGUUCUCAGGCUGGUGCUGUCUGAGAGGACAUUCUGAAGGCCGUGGUCUGUGUUUGGGGAGGAGGGCGUUGGCCUCGCUGGGAUCCUCCACCAUGUUCCUGUUGCUGCCUUUUGACAGCCUGAUUGUCAACCUUCUGGGCAUCUCCCUGACUGUCCUUUUUACUCUCCUUCUCGUUUUCAUCAUAGUCCCGGCCAUUUUUGGAGUCUCCUUUGGCAUCCGAAAGCUCUAUAUGAAAACUUUGCUAAAAAUCUUUGCGUGGGCUACCUUGAGAAUGGAGAGAGGAGCCAAGGAGAAGAACCACCAGCUCUACAAACCCUAUACCAAUGGAAUCAUUGCAAAAGAUCCCACUUCUCUAGAAGAAGAGAUCAAAGAAAUCCGUCGAAGUGGUAGUAGUAAGGCUCUGGAUAACACUCAAGAGUUUGAACUCUCUGACAUUUUCUACUUUUGCCGGAAAGGAAUGGAGACCAUUAUGGAUGAUGAGGUGACAAAGAGAUUCUCAGCAGAGGAGCUGGAGUCUUGGAACCUGCUGAGCAGAACCAACUAUAACUUCCAGUACAUUAGCCUCCGGCUCACUGUCCUCUGGGGACUAGGGGUGCUGAUUCGUUAUUGCUUCCUUCUGCCACUCAGGAUAGCUCUUGCUUUCACGGGAAUUAGUCUUCUGGUGGUGGGCACAACUGUGGUGGGAUACUUGCCAAAUGGGAGGUUUAAGGAGUUCCUGAGUAAACACGUUCACCUGAUGUGUUACCGCAUCUGUGUGAGAGCCCUGACAGCCAUCAUUACUUACCAUGACAGGAAAAACAGACCUAGAAAUGGCGGUAUCUGCGUAGCCAAUCACACUUCUCCAAUCGAUGUCAUCAUUUUAGCCAGCGAUGGCUAUUAUGCUAUGGUAGGUCAAGUGCACGGGGGACUCAUGGGUGUGAUUCAGAGAGCCAUGGUGAAGGCCUGCCCCCACGUCUGGUUUGAACGUUCUGAAGUUAAAGAUCGCCACCUGGUGGCUAAAAGACUGACAGAGCAUGUGCAGGAUAAAAGCAAACUACCAAUCCUCAUCUUCCCAGAAGGAACCUGCAUCAAUAACACGUCGGUGAUGAUGUUCAAAAAGGGAAGUUUUGAAAUUGGAGCCACGGUUUAUCCUGUUGCCAUCAAGUAUGAUCCUCAGUUCGGUGAUGCCUUCUGGAACAGCAGCAAAUACGGCAUGGUGACGUACUUGCUGAGGAUGAUGACCAGCUGGGCCAUUGUUUGCAGUGUUUGGUACCUGCCUCCCAUGACCAGAGAGGCUGAUGAAGAUGCUGUCCAGUUUGCAAAUAGGGUGAAAUCCGCCAUUGCCAGGCAGGGAGGACUUGUAGACCUGCUAUGGACAAGAGUGAGCUUUAUGGUAGAAAGAUGGGGAAGCCAGGAGUUCAGGGCCAUUCUCUGAAGUCAUCCUACAGACAGUGUGGGGAAUGCCCUUGUUUCUGGGAUGGUGGCCUAAAGAGGGAGAAGGUGAAGGACACAUUCAAAGAGGAACAGCAAAAGCUAUACAGCAAGAUGAUUGUCGGGAACCAUGAAGACAGGAGCCGCUCCUGAGUCUGCACCUUAUGCUGGCGGGAGCCACACAGGCCCAAAUCCUAACCUGAGAGCCAGCUGGAGUUGGCACCACUACCCCCCACCCCCCCCACCCACCCCCCCACGCACCUGCUACAUCCUUUCCAGACUCCAGGGCUCUCUGGGCUGCUCAGGAUCCAGGACUCCAGCUCCUUCAGAGCCGCCCCAGGACCGCUGGGCUUGCAGUCUGAAGUGAGCGCCGCUGGGUAUCACUGCCCAGGACAAGAGGCCUUCUUGUUUUUCUUACAAUAAGACCAUUGGAGGAUCGCCAUUAAAGUCAACUCUGCUUGCACACAUGUGGGCUACUGGUUUGGGAAGAACUGGCCCCAUUCCUGUUUUCAGACAUUUGGCUGUUAAGUCUGUUGAGGAGGCCCACAUGCUAGGGGCGUGGCUGAGGUGAGGAGAGGCUUGGCCGGCAGGGCAGGGUGACUUGCUUCAGCCUAAAUGCCAUGCCCCCUUCCUCCCCAGCCUCAGAACUCUGAAGAAACGUUUUGGAAAAACAAAAACUAGCAUUGGGGGGGGGGGGGAGGAGGUGCUUCAACAGAAUGAAGUUGUGAAUCCCUGAGCCGCUGCCCCCAAGGGGAUGGGAAGAGUGAGUUCACCACCAACUGUGUGGUAGGACCCAAGAGUCCUUUUGCAUUCAAACUCCAGUGCUAACACUGAACUCCCAUGUGACUUGCUCCUUGUUAACAUGUGCCUCAGUUUCCCCAUCUGUAACCUGGGUGGGGGAAGGGGGAAGGGUGGUAAUACCUACCUCACAGGGUUGUUGUGGGGAUUAAAGUGCUACUAUAAGUGAAGGACAAGUAAAGAUCAGUAUUCUCAGUACACGUCUGUGAAGUCAGCAUGGCAAGGUCCGAGUUCAGAGCUGCUCCACAGGGCUUUAGCUUUUUUGUGAGUAAAUAAAAUUGUCUCUGAUGGUGAA